AUGGAGUCUAGCACGAGGAUGGAGAAGACUCGGACGCAAGAUGUUGAGGGCCAGAGUGACACCUCAAAGGCACCCGUGUCUCACGAGAUCGAGAAACUAGCCGCCGACCAUCGUCAGUAUUUGAUGGAUAGACAUGGAUCCUUGGCUCUUGAACCUGUUCCCAGUAUGGACCCGGCAGAUCCCUACAACUGGCCCCGAAGGACAAAAAUUGUUACCCUCAUUCUGGUGGCUUUCCAUGCCAUGAUGGGACCCUUCACAGCCGCUGCAAUCCAGUCAGCCUAUGUCAACAUUGCCGAGGACAUGAACAUACCUGUUCAGCAAGCCACCUAUCUCACCUCGCUCGUGAUCGCUUUUCUUGGCGGUGCGCCGUUGUUCUGGAAGCCUCUGUCGAACUACUAUGGUCGCCGCCCAAUUUUCCUCAUCGCCUUGAUCUGCAGCAUGGCCGGCAAUAUCGGGUGUGGGUUUAGCCCUUCUUAUGGUACCAUGGCCCUGUGUCGUGCCAUAACGGCUUUUUUCAUCAGUCCAGCCGCGGCCAUUGGCAGCGCCGUGGUGUCCGAGAUGUUCUUCAAACAUGAGCGCGCAACCUUUAUGGGCGCCUGGACCAUCAUGGUCACGCUCGGUAUCCCCAUUGCGCCCUUUCUCUUUGGCUUCGUCGCUCUACGGGUGGACUACCGUUGGAUAUACUUUAUCCUAGCCAUUACGAAUUUCGUCCAGUUCGUCCUGCACUUCUUCUUCGGCCCCGAGACCUUGUACCGUCGCGACUUUGCUGUAAAACCUAGCAGCCCAAAGUUCAAGCACAAGUAUUUCGCCUUUGGUCGAAUCAACCCAGAUCCCCUUUCUUGGCGGGACUUUUUGCACCCUUUUAUCUACUUCACCAGGCCGGCAGUCUGGAUUCCAGCCAUGUCGUACGCAAUGAUUUUCCUCUGGGCCAUCAUCAUGUGCUCGAUCGAAAUCCCGUCGCUCUUCCCAGAGCAAUUUGGCUUCAACACACAGCAAGUUGGACUGCAGUUCCUCGCAUUCAUCCUUGGCUCCAUCAUCGGUGAGCAGAUUGGUGGCCGUCUUUCCGAUUACUGGAUGAACUAUCGUCGCAAGAAGACGGGAGCCUCGGUGCCACCCGAGUGGCGCCUCUGGCUUAGCUACCCCGGUCAGGCUUUCGCCAUCAUUGGGGUCAUCGUCUUUCUGAUCCAGACUUCGGCAGCAUCUAGUGUAUGGAACAUUACGCCAUUGGUCGGUGUAACCAUUGCUGCCGUUGGCAACCAACUUGUGACCACUGUUUACAUCACAUACUCCGUUGACUGCUACAAGGAGGACGCUGCUGGUGUCGGUGUGUUCAUUACCUUUGUCCGACAGAUCUGGGGCUUCAUCGGUCCUUUCUGGUUCCCUCAACUGAUUGAGAAAGCUGGUCUUCGGGGAACGGCUGGUGUUGCGACUGCAAUGAUGGUCGUCUUCUCCGUACUUCCGACUCUAUUCCUCCAGUUCAAGGGCCGUCAAUUGCACCGGGUCAAGGAGUAA